CUCUUCUUUCCUCUCAUCCUCUCCUCCCUUUUCCUUCCUUACUCUUCCUUUUUUUGUUCCAGUUGCCAUUGCCUCAAAGAACGCCUGCAUCACAGCAUGAUGGCAACAUUUGCAGGCGCCUCCCAGGUAGGAUGUGGCCAUAUAUUGUUGCCCUCUCGUAUCUCUCCACGCUCUCUACCCAACUUCACCACAUCUUAGGCUACAGCACAUCUUACAUCAAGCAUUAUCCAUUUCCUGUCUGUGUUCGUACCAUUUCAAGCUUUCUGCUCCAGCAUCAAUCUUCUUGACCAUGGCAUCCUCUCAUGCAUCGUCCCACUCCCAGCCGUCGACCCGACCUUCCACUGCCUCCACCCAAGAAUACCCCUCUGAACCAACUGCCUCCGAGCCAGUCCUGAUCAAAGAGGGUAAUUCCUGGGUGCUUUAUGUCACCGACAAGUCGCCAAACCCCGGCCCUGUACCCGAUCUUCAGUGGGAGCAAUGUUCGACCAUUAUUGUACGCAUCAAUCCAUUGCCAGACUCACCGACAGGGUCCGCAAACCCCAUGGUAGACUUCAACCACGCUCCAGCCUCCAUGACAAGCCUGGUCUCUCGAGUGGGAAGAAUCUCUGCUUUGAUGAAGAGCCAGCUGCAAGAUCAUAUCAAUGCAGGACAAAAAUCAGUUCAAGUUGUUUUUGGGGAAUGUUAGCUCCGUUCUCGCACAGCCGGAGGUGCAUACGUGGCUGUGCCCAUCUGGCGUCUCUGCGACCUCGCACAAAUGAUGGCAGCCUUCCACUGGAUUGAACCAGAGUCGAUCCACAACACUGCCGCCCUAGCAACUCAGGCGAGGUUGCUGACUCCUCCCUUCAUUCUGCCUCAAGUCAGCGUCUCCUGCCUGGAUCGUGACACCCCUACCGAGCGCAAUACCGAGCACGAAGAAGCGCUUUGGUACCGCUGCCACCAAGUUCUUCAAGAUUCCUACAAGAAUGGAGAACUGGCACAACUCUUCCCUGGAGCGACUGGGGUUUGGAAUCUUCUCGGGACUCACCUUAUGAAAUGCGCGUACAUCGUCAAAGAUCUGGGCGAGGCUCGUCCAAGGCAGUCGUCAGUCAAUCCGGCUACUUCCGACGAAAUGAAGCUCCCUGCCGAUGUGAUCCGCAACGGGAUGAAGGAGACGCCAGACCCAGAGAACUACCUUUAUAUGAAACCGUCUCCCUCGACCAACGGCCACGGUCAUUCUUGAAUGGUAGCAUGAUGCUGGGAGGGACGGACAAGAAGCUUUCACGUGCUUUUGACUUGUGGUGUUGAUCAGAGAAAGACGGUGGGCACUGCUGAAAGGAUGCUGUUGUGAUUUUGUGGGGAAACGGUCUUUACAGGAAUGCCUGCGUGUGUACACUAUUCAUGCUUGACAUCAGAUGGAUAGGGACCGAGACAACUGGUCAAUAUACAGAUUUUUCUUUCA